AUGCCUGGCACUCAACCACCAGCCACACCUUCCGGUCUGCUUAGCGGACCGUCGGACACGACCUGGAGAAGGAAGAGAUUGAUGCACAUCGGUUCACACACUUCCAUACGGCAAGACACCUUUCAACCCCCGCAAGAGGAUGAGGAACAUACAGAGGUCCUGUCGGAGGCGAGCCCUCUCAUCCGGCCGGGGCUGCCCUCACAUCAUUCAACCGGCCACUAUGGAUCGGCGAUGUCAUUGCCCACUUCUGCGACCAAGCAAUCGUUCCUCACCCGGCAUAAUCUACCUGGGCUUCCUAGGCUUCAGCUGCCCGGCAAGAGCAUCACCCCACCAGUCUCGGGCUAUCACGGGCCGAUCUCCCCUUCAUUCGAGCGAACUGCGUCCAAUCUGUUGUUCAAGACCACACAACGGCCCAUAUCGGCGUAUGACGCGCCGUACAUAUCUGCCAACCUGGGCGGUGAUGAAAACCCAGUAGCAGACACGAGGACGAACGGUAUCCGUGUUUGGUACUCGUCCUUCUCGUCUAUCGACUGGCUUCACGACAACAUCAAGGAUGCGGAUCGGCUGUAUCGACUGCGGCGGCGCAAGUCUGUGCGGGGACGGAUCAGGAAUCUACUCGAUCGUUUCAUGGGCUGGUUCAUCGUCACAAUUGUUGGCUUCCUGACGGCCGUGUUUGCAUUCCUCAUCGUACGCUCGGAACAGUGGCUCUUCGACAUCAAGGAGGGCUACUGCAGCACUCAUUGGUAUCACGCCAAGCGCUGGUGCUGCCCCCGGGCGGAUGACGUUUUGCGCCUUCACUCCACAAACCUGCUGGCGGGUCUCGCGUUUCAAGAAGAGGAAGCUUGCCCAGCUUGGCGCGAAUGGGGCGAAGUGCUGACCAAGCAUCACGCGUCCGAGUUCGCAGAAGUCUGGACACAAUACGCUGCAUAUGCUGUCUUCGCUCUUCUCCUCGCGGGUAUCUCAGCAUGGCUCACCAUCAGGUUGACGGCGUCUACUCUAUUUGUGACGCGCAAAGACUCCGGUGUAUUAGGCGAUUCUUUCGCAGACGAUGAAGAUAAGGGCUCGCCCUCUGCACCCGAGCCGCCGGUCAAGCGCAAGGUCAUGUACUAUGCCGCUGGUAGUGGUAUCCCGGAGAUCAAGACGAUCUUAUCUGGUUUCGUCAUUCACGGUUAUCUCGGCAUGCGCACGUUGUUCACAAAGAGCGUCGGUCUCGCGCUCUCGGUCGGCUCAGGUCUGUCGCUGGGAAAGGAAGGACCGUUUGUACACAUUGCCAGCUGUAUUGGAAAUAUCGUCUGUCGUUUCUCGACUAAGUAUGAGAACAACGAGGGCAAGCGUCGCGAAGUCUUGAGCGCAGCAAGUGCAGCCGGUGUGGCAGUUGCGUUCGGCGCUCCGAUUGGCGGUGUCUUAUUCAGUUUGGAGGAGGUCUCAUACUUCUUCCCUCCUAAGGUGAUGUGGCGAAGCUUCUUCUGUGCAAUGAUCGCUGCAAUCACCCUACGGUUCCUCGACCCAUUCGGAACUGGAAAGCUAGUUCUAUUCCAAGUAACGUAUGACAAGGAUUGGCAUGCGUAUGAGCUCGUACCUUUCGUGCUCCUCGGCGUCUUUGGUGGCGUAUACGGCGCGUACUUCUCCAAGCUCAAUUACCUAUGGUCGCGAGAGAUACGCGGCAAGACGUGGCUGAGGACGCACCCCGUCAUCGAGGUCCUACUGGUCACCCUUGUAACGACGGUGUUGUGCUUCUUGAACCCUUACACGCGUAUGGGUGGAACCGAACUUGUCGCGAAACUGUUCUCAGAGUGCCGUCUCGGCGAGGGUACAACAACGCUCUCCGGCCUCUGCGUGCUCGAUCCGCCGACGCAGGCGUGGCCUGUCAUCCGCGCCAUUGGCACCGCCCUACUUGUCAAGGCCGCUCUGACGAUUGUGACGUUCGGCAUCCGUCUCCCCGCCGGUAUCUUCAUCCCCACCCUCGGCGUCGGCGCUUGCGUCGGGCGUAUCCUCGGCAUCCUCGUCCAGUGGGCGCAAUUCCAGAACCCGCAGGCGCCCCUCUUCCGCUCAUGCAGUGGUGAUCUCAACUGCGUCAUCCCUGGCUUGUACGCCAUGGUCGGCGCCGCUGCUGCACUCUCUGGCGUUACGCGGACGACGGUCAGUUUGGCAGUCAUCAUGUUCGAGCUCACGGAUACCCUCACGUACGCCGUGCCCGUCAUGCUGUCCGUGCUGGUCGCCAAGACGGUGGCGGAUGCCAUUGAACCGAAGGGCAUCUAUGAUCUUGCUAUCGAGCUCUCUCAGCUUCCCUAUCUUGAGGCCAAGCACCAGUACAUCUGGGGUAACAAGGAGGUUCGCGAUGCCACCGACAAGGACGUAGACAUCAUCCGUGUCGACCGCAAGAACACCGUACGCACUCUUCGUGAUCAGCUAUUGGAUCUCGUCAACAUGGGCGACUCGGACGUUGGCUUCCCUGUCGUGCGGCGCGACGGAAGCGGCUCCCGUCUGGUGGGUUACAUCGGCGCGAACGAGCUCGAGCACGCUCUCAGCGUCGCUGCUGAGGACGCAGACCAGGAAGUCACCUUCAGCGGCAACGUGGUCCAUCAUACGUUCGGCAAUCGGAGCACGACUAGUCUUGCGAGCAUGAUGGAGUCUUCCUAUGUCGAGGAGGAUAUCUUCGAGUUCGGCGUGUACAUGGAUCAGGCUCCGCUCACUGUUAUGAUCAACUCGCCACUUGAGCUCGUGCAGCAGAUGUUUGUCAAGCUCGGCGCGCGCUACGUUGUCGUCGUUAACGCCGACGGAUACUAUGAGGGCGUUAUUCACAAGAAGGGCUGGCUUGCGUUCCUCUCGGAGCUUGAGCAUGGCAAGACUAAGUAA